AUAACUACAGGUACAACAAUCGUACUACUUAUGGAAACAAACCGUUCAUCACCCCGUACCCCUUCCAAGAAUCGAGGCAAGGCCGUCACAGCAACCCAACAACAGCCAGUCCACAAAUGCCAAUUCAACAGUGACAAUACAAAGAUGUUUCUACAACUCGUCAUUGCUAAAAUGGAUGUUGGUAAUCGACAACCUUGCGGAUUGUCGAUGACUGGGUAUAAAAAUGUUGCCAACAAGUUCUUGGACAAAACCGAACUGCUACAUUUGGCCAAACAGAUGAAAAACAAAUUUGACAACUUGAAGAAAGAUUGGGUUGCGUGGAAGAAGUUAGAGAAUGCCGCCCAAGGAUUGACAGGGCUUGGGUACGCCAAGAGACGGGUUUGUUCACUGCACCUGACCAUUGGUGGGCCAAAAUGCAAGCGAUGAACAACCGAUGUGCAAAGUUCAAGACCAAGCCUCUAGAGCACUUGGAGCUCAUGGAACGGGUGUAUUCUAGCACAGCUGCGACAGGGAAGCAUGCAUGGACUCCAACUGAACUACGUGAUGAUGAUGCUACUGCUGCCAAUGCCACCAAGGACA